CUCCUCCCCUCCUGUUCUCCCUCCCGCUCUCGGGAAAGAGAGAAGCCACUGCUGUGAGUGGGUAGAGAAGCCCUCAGCGCCUCUGGGUGGGGACCAUGCUUGCCCCAUUUGAGCCCCGGAACACGGCCGGACCAGGUUACAAAAUGUCCUCCUGUGCUUGAGACCUCCAGACUACAUGUCCUGCAGGAAUUAAUCAAUAGUUUUUCAUCUCCUGGAGAUACAUUAGAAACAUAAAUAUGGUGCCAAAAGAACUCCUUACCUUUUUCUGACUACUGUUUAUUUGGACAUACUUUUGUAUCAAAGAGAAGUAUACACACUGAGACCAUCGUGUAGGAUCAUGGACCAUCCUAGUCGGGAAAAGGAUGAAAGACAACGGGCAACUAAACCCAUGGCACAAAGGAGUGCACACUGUUCCCGACCGUCUGGCUCCUCAACAUCUUCAGGGGUUCUUAUGGUGGGACCCAACUUCAGGGUUGGCAAGAAGAUAGGGUGUGGAAACUUUGGAGAGCUCAGAUUAGGUAAAAAUCUCUACACCAAUGAAUAUGUAGCAAUCAAACUGGAACCAAUAAAAUCACGUGCUCCACAGCUUCAUUUAGAGUACAGGUUUUAUAAACAGCUUGGCAGUGCAGGUGAAGGUCUCCCACAGGUGUAUUACUUUGGACCAUGUGGGAAAUACAAUGCCAUGGUUCUGGAGCUCCUUGGCCCUAGCUUGGAGGACUUAUUUGACCUCUGUGACCGAACAUUUACUUUGAAGACGGUGUUAAUGAUAGCCAUCCAGUUGCUUUCUCGAAUGGAAUAUGUGCACUCAAAGAACCUCAUUUACCGAGAUGUCAAGCCAGAAAACUUCCUGAUUGGCCGACAAGGCAAUAAGAAAGAGCAUGUUAUACACAUUAUAGACUUUGGACUGGCCAAGGAAUAUAUUGAUCCUGAAACCAAAAAACACAUACCUUAUAGGGAGCACAAAAGUUUAACUGGAACUGCAAGAUAUAUGUCUAUCAACACGCAUCUUGGCAAAGAGCAAAGCCGGAGAGAUGAUUUGGAAGCCCUAGGCCAUAUGUUCAUGUAUUUCCUUCGAGGCAGCCUACCCUGGCAAGGACUCAAGGCUGAUACAUUAAAAGAGAGAUAUCAAAAAAUUGGUGACACCAAAAGGAAUACUCCCAUUGAAGCUCUCUGUGAGAACUUUCCAGAGGAAAUGGCAACAUACCUUCGAUAUGUCAGACGAUUAGACUUCUUUGAAAAACCUGACUAUGAGUAUUUACGGACCCUCUUCACAGACCUCUUUGAAAGAAAAGGGUACACCUUUGACUUUGCCUAUGAUUGGGUCGGAAGGCCUAUUCCUACUCCAGUAGGGUCAGUUCAUGUAGAUUCUGGUGCAUCUGCAAUAACUCGUGAAAGCCACACACAUAGGGAUCGGCCAUCACAACAGCAGCAUCUUCGAAAUCAGACCACAUCGUCAGAGCGCCGAGGAGAGUGGGAAAUCCAGCCCAGCCGGCAGACCAAUACCUCAUACCUAACGUCUCACUUGGCUGCAGAUCGCCAUGGGGGAUCGGUGCAGGUGGUUAGCUCAACCAAUGGAGAGCUGAAUGUUGAUGACCCCACGGGAGCCCACUCCAAUGCACCGAUCACAGCUCAUGCCGAGGUGGAGGUAGUGGAGGAAGCUAAGUGCUGCUGUUUCUUUAAGAGGAAAAGGAAGAAGACUGCUCAGCGCCACAAGUGACCAGUGCCUCCCAGGAGUCCUCAGGCUCUGGGGACUCUGACUCAAUUGUACCUGCAGCUCCUGCCAUUUCUCAUUGGAAGGGAUUCCUCUUUGGGGGAGGGUGGAGAUCCAAACCAAAAAGAAGAAUUAUUAGAUACCCCUGGAAGGAACCAGUGUCGGCAACCAGGGCCUAAUGGGUCAGUGGCCAUUCCUGCCUGCCUAAGGCUCUGCGCAGGUCCCAGAGCUGCUGUUCCUCCACUGCUUGCCCUUGGGGCUGCCUGGCUGACUCUCCUUACCAUUGUUUACAGUGAAAGUGUCAUUCACAAAAAACUCAAGGACUACUGUUCUCUUCCCUCCUCUCAGUUUACUCCUGGUUCUUGCUCCACCCACAACCCUCUCUAGCAUAAAGCUAGUGAGCUAAAGGCUCUGUCUGUGAAAGGAGUUCAAAAGGCUAGGGGUGAGGCCAAGAAGGUAGGAGGAAGAUGGCAGACCUGGGCUGGAGAAGAACCUUCUUCACCUCCCAGUAUCUCUGAAAGUAUGGUUUCCUCUUCCUCUGUGCCUAUGCAGUGUCCAUCCCAGCUGGCCGUGGGGUUCAGUUUCCUUCCUCCCUCCCUCCUGUGAAGUUACACUGUAGGACACAAGCUGUGAGAAAUCUGCAGUCUACUGUCCCCGCGUGUUGGUAUUCUUAGCUUUCUUGACAAGUGAACUCUUUUCUCCAGGUGAUAGUAGGACAAUGCACAUUGUUCUGAGCAAAGGAAAGAAAACUGACUUUAUUGCACUUUUAGUUUGUUUUUUUGUUUUGUUUUAUUUCAAAAAAAAAAAAAAAACGUGGCAGAUGCAUAUUGUGUCUGAUUAUAUUAGGGGUUUUUACCUUUUUCUGUUUUGAGGGAUAUGGGGCCAACCAAGCCAUUCAGAGAAAACAUGGGUCCAGAGGACAUUCUCAGUGGAAAAAGUUUGAUUUGCAGCACCCAGAAGAGAAGAAGCCAAACUCCAUGUCAUUCUGAGUGAACACUCAGGUUGACAAGAAAGCAUACUUGAAUUUUCAUUCAUCUUCUCAGCUGCUGGAGAAUGUUCCUACAAGAACAGCUUGACUUAAUCAGCCUACAGUUUGAAGUCCAGCUCUCCAGCACAUGGGAUGAGCCAGCCAAGCCAGACUGUGACCAGGAGACAGCUCAUCCCAGAGGAGGAGAUGCUUAACAAAAAAAUUCAAAAUUAUUUUCUCCACUGCCAGGAUUUCCAAUUAGACAGCCAUGUGACUUCCUGGUGACUUGGGGGAUAAAAUUAGUGAUGAUGAAACAGACGUCACCAUAUUGCCACGAGUGGACAAAAAAGAAGAGGACAGUGAAUCUGCCUUCCAACUCCCAGAGGAGCCUCAGGAUAUGGCAUCAUAGGGCCAGGAAAAGAAAAUCAGCAUAUUCUGUCUGCCCCAAUAGCUAAGUUGUAGCAUUUGGGCUGGCCUGCCUCCUCAUAAACCAAGCUUAGGACUCAGUACAUGGGGCUGCAGUGAGCAGGAGGGUAAGACUGGUUGGUGCUGGAAAAUUCCAGGGAAAAGGGAGACUGAAAUGAAAGGUCUGAAAUUAUUUUCUCAAUUGGACAUAGACUCCUUCCAAAUAACAAUGGCCACGCACCUAAGCAUGUCCUCCCCUGUAAGCCCUCUGUCUCCCACUGUGGUGGAGCCAUAUGAGGUACUAUGAUGAAGGGUCUUAACUCUUCAUUCACUGUUUGAAAAGCCAAUAGUAUGUGGAAUUACCUCUUCUCAUUUUCAGUUUUCAUUUGAGUUUAGUAGCUUAUCCAAACAGCGACUCGUCAUUCUAAAUGUGACAGAAGAGAAGGUAUUAUUUACAUCAGGGAAAGUGGGUGUUCAUUUAUCUGGGAGUAGAGCACUAAGCAUGGAGGACCAUGGCUAGUCACUUAGUUUGGUGAUUUGUGGAGCACAGAAAUCUUCACAUCCAACUUGAGGUAUAAGGCUGUCUUUUAGACUGGAGGAUGUGGGGAUAUUUUCUGGUUGUGGGCAUUUCCUCACAAGUCCCUUGAUGUUCCUUAGAGCAGAAGUAGCAGCACUAGCAUGAAUCAAAGUUACUGGGGUUCACCUGUCACAUUGGACCUUGGCUUGAAAAUAUCACUUCACUGGAUUCAAACCUGCUUAGUUUAUGUAUAGAUUGUAAUCUGUCAUUUCUUUAAAAAAAAAGUUUAUAUACAAUAUGAAACAUGGAGUGGCUGGAAGAUGCAAUGUCACACCCCUUCCCCACAAGGAUUUUGAAUAUUGGGGUUUGUGUCCUUGCCAUUUCCUGGUGGUUAAAGCCCCAUCACUGAAAUUUUCUUAGUUCUUUUUUUUUUUUUUUUUUUUUGAGACAGUGUCUCACUUAUUAACCCUCGUUAGAGUGCCGUAGCGUCACAGCUCACAGCAACCUCCAAUCCUUGGGCUUAGGCGAUUCUCUUGCCUCAGCCUCCCAAGUAGCUGGGACUACAGGUGCCCACCACAAAACCUGGCUAUUUUGUUGCAGUUUGGCCGGGGCUGGGUUUAAACCCGCCACCCUCGGUAUAUGGGGCCGGCACCUUACCCACUGAGCCACAGGCACGGCCCGAUUUUCUUUUUCUUUUUUUUUUUUUGUAGAGACAGAGUCUCACUUUAUAGCCCUCCGGAGAGUGCCGUGGCAUCACACAGCUCACAGCAACCUCCAACUCCUGGGCUUCAGCGAUUCUCUUGACUCAGCCUCCCGAGUAGCUGGGACUACAGGCGCCCGCCACAACGCCCGGCUAUUUUUUGGUUGCAGUUUGGCCGGGGCCGGGUUUGAACCCGCCACCCUCGGUAUAUGGGGCUGGCACCUUACCGACUGAGCCACAGGCGCCGCCCAAUUUUCUUAGUUCUUUAAUUGGCAUUUGGGUAACUCGUAACGUCCUGUAUAGAAACUAAAUUCUUCAUCCCUGUGUAGAACAUGCCUUACCUUUCAAGAGAGGGCAGGGGGAAAUGGCAGCAAAGCCUGGAGUAUCCUGGCACACUAUACCUAAGUGCCUCCCCCAUCCUGCCACCUUGCUUCUACAAAAAUGCAAAGGCAGUGACCAGCUUGACUGCAGAGCAAACCAGCUUACAUCUGGGUUUGUGACUGGAGGAUGUGGGGAUAUUUUCUGGUUGUGGGCAUUUCCUCACAAGUUCCUUGAUGUUCCUUAGAGCUUUUAAAAGGCUUGAUUUUAAGGGGUUGAACCUGAGCGGCUGUGGGAAAAAGAGCCUUCCUAAUACACUUCCCUCACCCUCCAUUCCCCACAUAUCUGUCACUAGAACUUGGUUUUCAUGACAAAGAUGAAGAGCUCCAGGUCCCGUUAGCAUUCAGGGUAAUGGUGAUCCUUCCAGGGCCAUUGACAUUCCAAAGUGGUCCCAGACUUGGAAGAUGCUGUUGUGAUCUUCCUUAAAAUUAAAGAAAAAAAAAUUGAGUUCCCCAGAAGCAAUUUGGCCAUUAGUUUCAGCCCCAUCAGCAUAUCAGGGCUUUUUCCUUUGCCCUCUUGCUGCCCUCUGUUGCUUAGCUGUAUGCCUCAGCCUUCUCCUUAGGGUUAGGCACUCCCUCCAUUACCCACACCCCUGCCCCAGUCCACUUGCUCUGUAGUUUUUGAGCUUUCUCUAUUUUGUAGCUAUGAUGCCUGAGGACCUUUUUCUUUGGGAUAAUGAAGUUGUCUCUUCAUAAAGCUAAUUCAGCAUCUGUUUAUAAAAAAAAAAACCUUAUCCUUAUACCAUUAGGAGUUCUCCCAAGUUAUCCAGCCCUUCAGGCUUCGCAUCUUAAGCAGAUUGAAGCAAGCAGACUGAGAUUCCAUCAAGGCAUAAAGGGUGCCUCCCUCAUUGUAACCAGAACAUGAUUUAAGGACUUCUGUCUGUUCUAGCUUAGACUGUGCUGCAGUCUAAGCAUGUAAAAAUUGAUAAGUUGCUCUGUGGACCCUGGCACUUUUCCAGAGAUCUUACUCCAGACUGCUUUGCAAGGGUGCACAGAGCAUCCAAGCAGUGAGUAUGCAUUCAUGACUGCCUUAAUUAACAUUCUUCUACUAUUUUGGAUCUGUCUAAGAGUAAAUAGGAUCGAGGAAGGUACAGUUGGGUGACUAGGUUAGGCUCCAGUUAAAAGUUCUGUUUUAUUUCUUUUGGAAUGCAUGAGCUAGAAAUAGCAGGGCCCUGAGGUUUCUUGUAGAAGUGUUGAUUGCCUGUUCAUUCUCAGAAAACUCUAAGUACAUAGAAACAGUCUUUGCCCGUUAGCCAGAAGAGGUGUCCAAUACCUCUAAAGAACUUCCAACUUAAUGAAAUCUACACUGAUAAAAGAAUCUACACUAAUAGUGCUUAUUCAGUGUUGAAGUUUCAGUGUUACCAACUACUUUUAAGUGCCAGAAAUAAUGUAAUAAUGGUAAUAUGUCAAAGUGGUUACUAAAGAUCAGAGCCUUAAUUGUCUUUAAAUGUUAAAAGAUAAAAGUCCAUUCCUUCUCCCAGUGAACAAAGGAUGGCCUGCAUUUCUCAAAAAUAAGAACUUUAUAGCAGCCUAAAAAGCAUCUCCUCAAAGAAAUUUUAACCUUCUUCUGAUGCAUCUCUUCCCAAACCCAUGUGACGACACCUGUGUCCCAGUCACCUUUUCCAUUUUCAUAUUUGAACUAGUUUUCCAUUCCCUUUGAGUUGCCGUGACAACAUUGUCUAUACUAUCAGAACUACAUUAGGGCUAGUUUCUCAGAUUGGGAGCUUCCAGCACUGUUCCCCUAUGGUGGGUAAUUGAAUUUCAGAAAUCCUCAGGGAGUCAGGAUAAGUAGGCACCCCUUCUAAGAUUGGCCACAUGGGUGACAGGCACCUACCUUUGAGGUUCCUGUUUUUUCAGAGUCCAGAGAAGUCUGAUGUAGUGGUUGAUGGCCAGUGACUCUCAAAGUGGGAUCUCUUUGGGGAGUUUUGGGGUGUGUGAGAGAUUUUGUUUCUGAAUAAAAGGAAGAGGCAACCAUGGCCCUUUUAUGGGUUUGUCAAAUGUGGAACAGUGUUUUGGCCACAAAAAGGAAUCUUGGAAGUCUUGAUCCAGUGAACAGUCUUAAUAUGUUUUCCUAACUCCUACUGCAGGUGACUAAGUGUAAAAGAGUAGAUUUCUCAAUGUAUUCAAAAUAGUAAGUAGGUUCCUUGGAUAUACACAAUAGUAGUUGACAUAUUUUCUCAAAAAGCAACCAGGACACCCACUCCAGUAUUUGUAAAUCCUCUUAGAAAGCAAAAAGUGAACAUGUACUCCAUACAUUUCUAGUUUGAUUACCAAACUUGAUGUUAUAAAGAAACCUCAAUUCUGUGGAUGGAAUUUCUUUUUGUUAUUUUUCUUCUAUUACUAACAAUCACUUUUCUGGUGCCAUCACUACCUUCAAGGUUUCAUAGCAGAGGAUUAUUCAUGGUAAUAAAUGAGUGUGCAGUGCACAGGAGGACAACUAUCCUGACUGCCCCCCAACCUCUUUAACAGCAGGUGCGACAUUUUCAGUGUUCCCCUUCAUGAGCUCAAGACCAAAUCCUAGACCAACCCUUGCACUGAAACCCUUUUUAGAAGGCUUAUCAAUCUACUAGGAAUGUCUCAGGAAAGAUGAGCCAUUUCUUUGGGGAGAAGUAUACUUACAGAUGGGGGUGUGUGAUUGCCUGUGUGUACCUAUGUAUGUGCUCAUCCAUGUGCAUUUCACUUUCAUAAAGACUCACAGUCCAGACUACUGGGAACCAUGUGUUCCUGAGUAUUCUCAAAGGUAAACAGGUGACAAGUGAGCUUAAAGUAAGUGUCUCAGCAAGCUGGCUCUGGGAAUGAGCCCCAUUUAUCAAGCAAGAGAAGAGUAACAUCAGGAAAGGUAAAGAUGAAACCAAAAAUGCUAUGCCCCCCACAAGGAAAAUAAUGUUGAUUCAGCAUUUCUCAUUGAAUAUAUUACAUGCUCUAAUUUAUUAUAUUAUUAUUUGUUUUUUUAAUCUUUGCCCAUCUAAACAGAUGUUGGGAUGUUGAUUGCAAUUUUUAAACUAAAUAAUGUAUAAAUCAGCUUUGGAAAUCAGUUUUAAUUGAUGUGUGGAUGUGUCUGAUUAUUGUUAAAUGCCUUUUUUCUACUUUUUCUUUUUUUUUAAGAUAUGUAAUGUUUCAUAAACCCUGGCACUGGUCACAAAGCUCAGCUGUGAAAAUGAAACUUUUAGUAUUUUUAAACAUGAAUGUUGAUUUCAAGUGUAUUUGAAAUGGUUCCUUGGGAGGAGAUACUUGUAUACCAUUAGGAAAAACUUCUCUGCAGAGGAAGUAGCCUUCUUUGGAAAAAUUGGAAAGUGGGUUCUGAUAUGUUAUCUCAGAGUAGCCCAUUUCCUAGGGCACCAUGGAAAAUAAAAAUGUGAUCUUUAAGUAUACCUCUUCUCCAGUUUGGGGAGGAAAGGACUCUGUUUGCACCCUUUUUGUAUGUAAAAUAAAAUGUCUUACCUUUCUUGGCUA